AGCUCCUCUCUUGUACAAAACAGCAUCCAUAAAACUUGCAGCAACAACGAAAGCAAACGCACGGUUUUAUAGUUCUGCCAACAAUGAUACUGAGCCUGCCGUCGAGGGUACCAUCAACAUGGAGGAAUCAAUGAAUCAAAUCGAACAAUUGUACAGUGAAGCCAAAGACGAGAUUGAAUAUGCUGAAGACUCUCAAGGAACAACGUAUUAUCAUGAAGACCUGGCCACAGCAGGAAAGGCAGUAGAUGAAGUCUUUGACGCCUACGAUAAGUUUAUUCAAUCUCUACCUACUGAAGAUAUGAAAAAGGAAGUAAAGCAAAAAGUCGACUUGAAGAUGGAAGAAUUGAAGAUGGCUUUUGCCGCUUUGCCUGAAGAAUCUGAUUAAAAAAAAAAAGGGACGGUUGUAUAUCAUAGCAAAAAAAAAGCGGAAAGGGUGCA